GGCCUAUAGUGCAAUACCAAGACCGACGCUCACCAGCAAAGAAAACAAGCCACAAUCCAUACAAAAUCCACCCACUGUUCUUUUAGCUCAUAGACCAUUCUCUAUCGCAUUACAUUCCUGCGUUUAUACCUAAAAUGACAGCCGAAGACAAUGAACCUGCCGUGCCGGAAUCCAUCAAAAACAAAGUGACCGUCAAGGCCCUUUACGCCGCAUUGGCUCUUGGCAACUCCGAUGUGGUGCCCAAGCUCCUGGCCAGCGACCUGGAAUGGUGGUUCCAUGGGCCGCCCCGUUGCCAGCACAUGAUGCGGGUGCUCACAGGGGAAUCGGACUUCUCUGAGUUUACAUUCCAUCCACGUAGCAUAACGGCUAUAGGCAACGACUAUGUGAUUGCCGACGGGUGGGAAGGGGCACAGGCAUAUUGGGUCCAUGUUUGGACACUGAAGAAUGGGCUGAUCACGCAGUUCAGGGAGUAUUUCAACACGUGGCUCACCGUGAGGGAAGUGUCGUUGCCGCGGCGGGACGUGGCUCGGGCGAGCCAUACGCUAUGGCAGAGCCAGACAAGAGAGCUCUUCGGCCAGUCGUUGCCGGGGCUGUUGCUCGCCAUAUGAGGAGGGUUAAGCACGCAUUCAAGUGGUUGGGAAUGAGAAUCUGGGGGGUGGUGCGUGUGUCCGUGUGUUCACUAUGUUUGAUAAGAAAAUCAGGACCACUAAUGUCAAGUUGGAGCAACAUGGAAAGAAUUGUAAGUCGAUGAAGUGUCAAUUACGUGAAUGUUAAAAUCAUACAUGUGUCGGACUAUGAAUCUCUGUCUGAUGGAAACUUCCUACAGGGCUCACAAGUGAGCAAAAUG